AUGGCAUGGCCCAACCCCUUUCGAAAGAGAACAGCUAAUACAAGGACGUGCUGGGGCUAUACAUUCGACCUCGGUCCUGAUCAUCUAACACCCGAGUCGGCGUAUCCACUAAAAUAUUCUUAUGAUGUCCUGGGCGAGGAGGCACUAGAUAUCUUGAAUGAACUCUUCCCAGUAGACUCGACGACGUUACACCCCAAGCAAGAUGCUGAGGUCACAGUACCAGAAGGCAAGACCAAGCCGAAACGAGAUCUUUAUCUACUGCUGAGGGACCACCACGACAAGCAUUCUAAAUUACAAGAAUUAUGGGAUCAGGUCACUAACAUUCCAGAGUGGGUAGACUGGGAGCAGAUCGAACGUGGUCAGGACGUUUUCUAUCGUUAUGGCGGCGCCACGCUUACCGGUCUCGCCUACCAGUCUCUGUUAGGUGGUAUGAGUGCCAACCGAGUUGUCGAGGUUCUGGCCCGCACUGGAGGAUUUGGUGUCAAGGUUGCUAGGCAUCGUCUUUUCGAGACCACCCAACAUAUCUUGCAGUGCACACGCUCGCUUGAAAGUAUCAAACCUGGUGGUGAUGGAUUUGCCUCCUCUUUACGAGUUCGCCUGCUGCACGCUUCUGUCCGUCAAAGAAUACUAAAACUUACCAAAACACGUCCUUCAUACUACUCUGUCGAGAAAUACGGUGUGCCCAUCAACGACUUGGACAGCAUGGCCACAAUUGGAACAUUUUCAGGAACCAUAAUAUGGCUCUCCUUGCCCCGACAAGGUAUUUUCUUGAGGCAGCAAGAGGUUGAGGACUAUAUUGCAUUGUGGCGACUUAUCGCGCAUUACCUUGGUACACCCACCGAAUACUUCGCCGAGCCUGCAAAGGCCAGAGCUAUGAUGGAGUCUUUACUUAUGAACGAGAUCAAUCCCUCUCAAACAUCUCAAGUUCUAGCAAACAAUGUCAUCCGGUGUCUGGAGAAUCAACCGCCAGCAUAUGCUUCAAGGUCAUUCCUCGAGGCCAACGCUCGGUGGCUCAAUGGUAACGAGCUUUGCGACGCUCUUGGACUUGGCAAGCCCAACUUCUAUCAUACUUGCCUUGUCGCAGGACAGUGCAUCUUCUUCAUGGCCUUGUGCUACUUCAAUCGUUCCAUACCAUCUCUUGAUCGCCGGAAAGUGGCCAACCUGAAGAGGAUCUUCUGGCAGGUUAUUGUGGAAAGCAAAUUCGGCUUACAAGGCGAGCAGACUGUCUUUGAUUUCAAGCAUAUUCCACAAUUUGAUACUACCACGUACAAAGGUGAAGAAUCCGAGAUCAGGCACAAGGAGGUGGGUGGAAUCGAGCAGCGCAAUCUCAAGGCUUUCCUACUUGGUACAGCAUUCAUGGGUGUCAUGAGUUACGUUGGUAUCAAAACUAGCAUAUUUGUUGCGAGUACGGUUUGGAAAGUGGGAACAUCGAGCUACAACAUGGCAAGAUCGUUCUUGUGA